GAAGCUAAAACGAUGAAAAGUCAGGUACUGUUUCCCUUUCUGGUGUUUUUGUUCUGCGGAGCCAUCUCCCAGCAGCUCCACUAUGUUAUUCCGGAGGAGCUGGCAAAGGGCUCUCGGGUGGGGAACCUCGCCAAGGAUCUGGGGCUCAGCGUCCAGGAGUUGCCAGCUCGAAAACUGAGGGUUAGUGCAGAGGGUUAUUUCAACGUUAGUGCCGAGAGUGGAGAUUUGAUAGUGAGCAGUAGGAUAGACAGAGAGAAGAUUUGUGGGAGGAAACCUGAGUGUGUACUAGAUUUCGAAAUGGUUGCUGAAAACCCGAUGAAUGUUUUCCACGUGACUGUUGCAAUCCAAGAUAUUAACGACAAUGCACCAGGUUUUGCUACAAAAGGCAUUGAUUUAGAAAUUUGUGAAUCAGCCUUACCGGGUGUAAAAUUCCCUCUGGAUUCUGCACAAGAUGCAGACGUAGAAAGUAAUUCAGUAAAGACAUACACCAUCAACUCCAAUCAAUACUUCUCUCUUUCAACAAAGGCAAGUCCUGAUGGAAUUAAAUACCCAGAAUUACUGCUAGAAAAUCCGCUAGACAGGGAAUAUCAGAGCUACCAUCUCUUAAUUCUGACCGCCACAGAUGGAGGAGCCCCGCCUCUGAGCGGCACCACUCAGAUCAGGAUCUACGUCACUGACGCCAAUGAUAAUGCUCCGCUGUUCAGCCAGGACGUAUACAGAGUUAGCCUCCAAGAAAACGUGCCCUGGGGAACCUUCGUGCUGCGGGUAAUGGCCACUGACAAGGACGAGGGCAUUAACGCAGAAAUCACCUAUGCCUUCCUUAAAUCCCCAACAAGUACCAGUCUCGUCUUCAAUCUCGAUUCAAAUACCGGGGAUAUCACAACCAAUGGUACAUUGGACUUUGAAGAGACAAGUCAGUAUGUGUUGGGUGUAGAAGCCAAGGACGGAGGGGUGCACACGGCUCAUUGUAAUGUUCAGAUUGAAAUUGUUGAUGAGAAUGACAACGCCCCAGAGGUGAUAUUCAUGUCCCUUUCUAACCAGAUUCCAGAGGACUCAGACUUGGGAACUGUAAUAGCUCUAAUAAAAGUGCGAGACCAGGAUUCUGGGCACAACGGUCUGGUGACGUGCUAUAUUCAGGAAGAAGUCCCUUUCAAAUUAGAAUCCACUUCCAAGAAUUACUAUAAGCUGGUGAUUGACAAGGCCCUAAACCGGGAGCAAACCCAACACUACAAUGUCACCAUCGUAGCCACUGACCAAGGAAAGCCAUCGCUUUCCUCCAGAACUGGCGUCACCCUGUGUAUCUCUGACGUCAAUGACAACGCUCCGGUUUUCCACCAGAGUUCCUACUUGGUCCACGUAGCAGAGAACAACCCGCCAGGAGCUUCAAUUGCGCAAGUUAGCGCCUCUGAUCCGGAUUUGGGACCCAAUGGCAGUGUCUCUUACUCCAUCGUAGCCAGCGACUUGGAGCCACGGGACCUAUUGUCUUAUGUGUCCGUGAGCGCUCAGAGCGGGGUGGUGUUCGCCCAGCGCGCCUUCGAUCAUGAGCAGCUUCGCGCUUUUGAGCUGACGCUGCAGGCCAGCGACCAGGGCUCACCCGCGCUCAGCGCCAAUGUGAGUCUGCGCGUGUUGGUGGACGACCGCAACGACAACGCGCCGCGGGUGCUGUACCCGGCGCUGGAGCCCGAUGGCUCGGCGCUCUUCGAUAUGGUUAGUAAAUUACCCUAUGUAUAG